GGUAAGUGUGACUUUCAUCUCAUAGUGGGACAGUAACGAUACAGUUAACACAGAGUGCGAUUGAAAUUUGUAUCGGUAACAUAUUUUCCUGCGAACAUGAGAUGGUUCGCUCUUUUCGUUUUCGUCGGCGUGUUUUUAUCGAAAAAUGUCACGUCGUCGAAAGUCCAUCAAUAUCCCUCGAAUCUGGCAUGGUUGUUUAGCUUAAAUGAUAAAGUGGACGAAAAUAAAGAGAAAGAACAGACUGUGUGUCAAACUGAAGAGUGCAAGAAAAUCGCUAAGGUAAUGCUAGAAAGUAUGGAUAAUUCUGUGGAUCCGUGCAAUGACUUUUACGAAUAUGCGUGUGGAAAAUGGUCACAACAUAAUCCCCUGCCAAAAGGAAGCAACUCGUGGAGCUUAUGGGAUAUGCUUCAAAAUAAGGUUGAUGAACAAAUCGAAGAUAUUUUAAAAGAGGGGCCUAAGAGCACCGAUUUUCUGGCGAUAAAGCUCGCGAAAAAAUGGCACACAGCUUGUAUGGAUACAGAUGCGAUGGAUAAACAAGGGCUUGACCCAUUGGUUUCUACUUUGUCGCGUAUAGGCGGCUGGCCAAUGACAAUGGAUCCGGAUGAAUGGGACGAACAGGAAUACAGUUGGCAAAAAGUGGACGAUCAAUAUAUGCGCUUGAUGGGCAAAAAUGUUUUUCACAGGGUACACGUAUACCGGACUGGCCAUAACGUGACCACCCCAAUAAUACAUAUCAAUACUCCGUAUUUACCCCUGGGUGCGUACAAAUUGUGGGUUGGAGACGAUAGUGAUGAGGUAAAUGAGAGUGACGAGGAUUCGAGCGAUGAGGAAAAGCAGAGCGACGAACACGAGGACAGCCAGGAGCCUGGGAGCGAAGGUGAAAAUGAUGAUGAUGACGACGACGACGACGACGACGAUGACAACAGCGAUGUUACAAACGAACAAGAAAACGAUGGAAAAAUCAAGAAGAAAAAGUCUGUUGGCAAAUUGAGUCACAAAAAAGAUAAAAAAUUCAUACACAAUGGUAUGAGAAAGAGUGGUAUGAGCAAGAGUGGUGUGAGAAAGAGUGGCAACAGGAUUAUUAAGAAUCACAAGAAAAGCCAUACCGAAAAGAAGCAAAGGGUAAAAAGAAGAGCGAUAAUGACGAAAGUUGAUGGUAAACGUUCACAACGUAUCAUCCAUCGUAACAAGUUAAACAGACGAAAGAGUACGAGUACGAAGAAAACAAUAUACACAUCAACGACGUCGCGAUCUACGGAAGACACGGAUGACGAUGACGAUGAUUAUUUCCUAAUAACGCGGCAAAAAUACGUUGAUUACAUCUCCAAAGUAGCUCACGCUAUAGCUAAAGCAAGAGACAUGGACGUCCCAGAAGAACACAUUAAUAAAAAUGUCGAAGACAUGGUCGAUUUUCAAAUAAAAUUAACUGCGAUUACUUUGGAUGACUCCGGUGAUGACUUGGAAAUGACGCUUGAUGAUUUUCAAGAAUGGUACGACGAAAAGAUAUCUAAAACUGACCACAGUAAGAUUGAUUGGGUGUACAAAAUUUCGGAAUUGUUCGACGAAGCUAACGUGCCUGUGGACGGCGAUUUGGACGUAGAGAUUAGUUCAUCGGAUUACUUUGAAGCUCUCGUGUCUUUGCUGGACGAGACGCCAAGUCGAACGAUCGUGAAUUAUAUACACUGGAACUUCCUAAACAGAAUAUUAACAGCUACCACUAGUGAAAUGAGAAAACUCUACUAUCUAUGGCAAGAGGUUGAAGAAAGUGAAGAAAAGAACCAGAGAUCGUCUGAGUGCAUUAGAGAAGUAGAGAUGAGCGACAUUCUAGCGUACGAGUAUGUGAGAAAACAUUUCUCAGAUGAUAUCUCAAAAACCGCAAUGGAUAUGAUCGAUGAUAUACAGAAAGAAGUGGAGUAUUUAAUUAAAGGAUCUGACUGGAUGGACGAGGAUACUAAAGAUUUUGUUUUAGCAAAACUAGUGAACAUGGAUAAAUUAGUUGGAUAUCCAGAUUGGUAUAAAAAUAGUACGAUUGUGAAAAGAUAUUUUCAAGGGCUCAUCGUUGGAAAAUCGUAUUACGAGAAUACCCUCAGUUAUCUCAGGUACCAUAAAUGGAAUACUCUACGAAGAUUGACACAAGACGAUGAAGAACUCGAAACAUGGUGGAUCAGUCCUGUGACAAUGAAUGCCCUCUUUGAUCCUGACAGAAAUUCCAUAACUAUUACAGCAGCGGAUUUUCAAAGCCCAUUUUUCGAUUAUGGUCGACCGCAAGCUAUUAAUUUUGGUAUUAUUGGAUUCGUCAUGGCUCAUGAAGUUAACCAUGGAUUUGAUGAUACUGGGCACUUGUACGAUAAGAAUGGCAACUUUAUGGAGUGGUUAUCUACAAUGGCUGAUGCGUAUGGCGAAAGAGCAGAGUGUUUUGUAGAACAAUUUAACAAUUAUGCCAUCUACAAGGACAAGAAAAUAAAGAACUAUGGUAAUCAAACAGCGGGUGAUAAUAUCGCGGACACGAUGGGAUUACAAGCUGUAUUUAGAGCUUAUCGACGAAGAGAAAGAGAGUGCGGGAAACCGGAUGCCGUAUUGCCAGGUCUGGAAGAACUCACCAACGAUCAGCUUUUCUUUUUAUCUUUUGGCAAUUUGUGGUGCGAAACAAUGAAUUCAACGAUUAUAAUGAAAGACGCCAGGAUGGAUGAACACAGCACCGGGCGAUUAAGAGUAAUAGGAUCUGUUUCAAACUCGGAGGACUUUGCCAAGGCUUAUAAUUGUCCAGUUGGCAGCGCGAUGAAUCCCGAAAAGAAGUGCAACAUUUGGGAAUAAUCCAUAAAAGAGUAUCAUAUCAUAAAUUAAAUUUGUGUCAAGUGCGUGAAACACAAGAAUUGUUUGCACGGCUAUUAACAAAAAUUAAUAAAGAUACGCAUUACAUAUA